UUCAGAAUUAUCUUUCUGCAUCAUGUCUCUCAGAUAAGAUAGACGAUAAAAUUUAUCUGACAUGGAACAUCACCAACAGAACAUAGGAUAGCACAGUGAAUAGAAAAACACAAAAAAAAUAAACGUAGAACAAGAAAAAAUAGCAUAGAACAUAAAGCAUAAUGACAUUUGUUACGUCAACAACAGUAGUCAUUUGUCAUAUAAUGACAUAGUAUUCUGUCACAAUUCGUGAUUUGUAAAAUUAAAAAUUUUGCAUGAAAAGUUGAAAUACAACAAAAGCAGAAGUCUUUAUUCCAACAAUUUUUACUUAUACAGUUUAGUUUACGACAACAGGUAAGUCCGACACGACUCCAGCUAUACAAAAUAAGUUUUUCAUUAAAAAUCUCUCAGAAAAGUAUGGAUAGACUACUGCGACUUGGAGGUGGGAUGCCGGGCCUGAGCCAAGCGCCACCGCCCUCAGAUGCCCCUGUAGUGGACACUGCCGAGCAGGUGUACAUCUCUUCUUUGGCCUUAUUAAAGAUGUUGAAGCAUGGACGUGCUGGAGUGCCCAUGGAAGUUAUGGGACUGAUGUUGGGCGAGUUCGUGGACGACUACACAGUCCGCGUGAUCGACGUAUUCGCCAUGCCCCAGACAGGUACAGGCGUCAGCGUAGAAGCAGUCGAUCCCGUGUUCCAGGCGAAAAUGUUGGACAUGCUACGACAAACAGGCAGGCCAGAAAUGGUCGUAGGAUGGUACCAUUCGCAUCCAGGGUUCGGGUGCUGGCUGUCAGGGGUUGACAUUAACACGCAACAGAGCUUUGAGGCGCUGUCAGAGAGGGCGGUCGCUGUUGUGGUUGACCCCAUACAGUCGGUCAAGGGGAAAGUCGUUAUUGACGCCUUUAGACUGAUCAAUCCAAACAUGAUGGUAUUAGGCCAAGAGCCACGUCAGACCACUUCGAAUUUAGGUCAUUUACAAAAACCGUCAGUUCAGGCCUUGAUUCACGGCCUGAACCGUCACUAUUACUCAAUCAGUAUCAAUUAUCGUAAGAACGAACUUGAACAAAAGAUGCUGCUCAACCUGCACAAGAAGUCGUGGAUGGACGGCCUUACACUAGCGGACUACAAAGAAAACUGUGGCGUGAAUGAAAAGACUGUAUCAGAUAUGCUCGAACUGGCGAAGAACUACAACAAGGCAUUGGAAGAGGAAGAGAAAAUGACACCCGAGCAGUUGGCAAUCAAGAAUGUAGGAAAACAGGACCCCAAAAGGCAUUUGGAAGAAAAGGUUGACGUGUUGAUGACAAACAAUAUUGUGCAGUGCUUAGGGUCUAUGCUGGACACUGUUGUAUUUAAGUAAAUUGUCAUUGUGGAUAUGGUGUUUUAUUAAUCCUUUUUUUACGUUUAAGCUAUAAGAUAUUUUUUCAAUAAAUCGCACUUUAUUUCCGA